AAACGAGCCCCUCCCCCUGAACUACUGCUGACCUUGCUGUUUGGAGAUAGUUAAGUUCAAGAGAGGAUAUGAUGGCGAGCUCUAAGCAACCCACGGGCUCUCCUGUGGUAAAGCUGGAGAUUUAUGAUGUGGAGAAAGUUAGAGGAAUGUCAAAAUUCUAUCUGUACCUAAUCCAGGCCACCUGCAAGGACGGAUCUCGUUACAAUAUUCGUCGUCGAUACAGACAAUUUGACGAGGUAUACAACUCCUUGGAGAAGAGGUUCCCAAUAGAGGCCGGAUUUAUCAAAGCCAAGGAACGAAUACUACCAGAUCUACCAGGCAAAGUGAUAUUUGGGCGUAGUGCUGUGAAAGACCUGGCUGAAAAGAGACUACCAGCUCUUAACAGUUACUUGAAGAAACUUAUGAGUCUAUCGGACAAAAUUCGAUAUGAUUCAAUUGUGCUAGCGUUCACAAAGCCUACCCCUGAAGACCUCACCAUCUCACCAUCCAACGGCCAUGCUAAGUCAGGAAAACCAGAGCGGCCAGCUCCUCCAUCAAAACCAGCUCUUCCUACAAUCAAACCUGCUAGACCACCUCCAGCUGCCUCUAGAAAAGUCCCUCCACCGAGACCAAUGGCUCCAGUCUCAAAGACCUCAACAACAGAACCAACAGCAAAGGCACUGUACAGCUACACUGCACAGUUUGCAGACGAGCUAAGUUUUGUAGAGGGCCGUACAAUCACUGGUAUCACAAGAGUGAACGCUGAAUGGUGGGAGGGACAUCUGGACGGGAGAAAAGGCCUCGUCCCCAGUAACUACAUUCAGGUCACAGAAUGUUCUGCACGGAAAAGCUCCAAGGACACCGCUCAGAGCUCGGACGAGUGGGACAGCUCUGAUGAUGAGACAGAGAGAGGGAAGGUGACCUACUACUUCAACGGGGCAGCUAGAACGGUGGAUGUUUCUAUGGCAACUGUGAAGUUCCCCACACUGUCAGCUUUGUCUCAGGCAAUAAAGAAACACCUCCAUCGUGAGGACGUAGUGCUCAAUUUUAAGGACUACUCAGGCGAUCUGGUGGAAAUGGCAGACUCUGACGACAUUGAGCUCAUGAAGAGUGAGGGGAUUCCCCCCAGGAAGAAGUCCGGAGCUAACCACGCCCACUGGGCUGUCUAUGUUACGCAGAGGAACGAUCACACACCAUAUCGAAGACAUUCACAACAAACUAGCUAGCUAGCUUUUUUUUUCACUUUAAUAUAUAUAGUGUUAUAGUCACUUAUUGCUGCAUUCCACUUUCCAUUUAUUUAUAUCAUCAUGUACUCCUG